CACUUCCUGUUGCUGUUGUUUUCGUCUCCAUCUUUACUUUACACACGUGGGAACGAACGGUCUUAGCUCAUAGAAAAGAAAUUUAGGCGUGCACAGCUAAACCAGUUUUAGCGCAUUGCUUUGAUACGACAAGAGGACUGAGACAAUGCAGCUUUGCAGUGUUUGUAGCGGUCAGGUACCGAAAUAUCGGUGCCCAACAUGUCUCGUCAGAUAUUGUUCCCUUAAUUGCUUCAAGACACAUAAAGAUAGCUGUGAGCCUGUGAAGUUAAAGGAGUCAACAUGUGAUCAAAAUCAGUCACAUACUGCUGCCAGAGAACCUUGGACACCAGGGGAUCUCCUGGAUGAAGAUGGCCAGAAUGAUAUGGUUCCUGCAGACAUACUUCAGAAACUUGGUGAGUCAGAGAAUCUUAAAGACUUGCUCCGGAACCCCCACCUCAGACAACUCCUGGUUGCCGUGGAUACUGCAGGGAACAAGGUUGAUGUUAUGAAGACAGCUAUGCAGGAGCCGUUGUUUGUGGAAUUUGCUGACCAGUGCUUGAGAACUGUUGAACCCAACGACACAGAGGAUCACUGAUCAGAAAGAUAAUUGUUCCUCUCGAGACUUUCUCAAGGACUAUAAGAGAAGACCCGUAUGACUUAUAUGGAAGACACCAGCUGCCCAUGUUGGUUGACCUGCAUUAACUCCUCGCAAUGACUUCUGUAACCGUGUAGACAUGUUUGAAUUGUCAAUCAUUCUCUGAAACUCUGGAAUGGCAUGGACAACUGGCUAUGAAAGCAUUAACCGGUCUGUCCUGUAGCCAUGAUGAAGAGAUUGUGAAUGAACUAGGCUGACUCCAUCAGGUAAAACAUUCAAAUAUAAUGGCCAGAAACUACAGUAUAUCAUUGUAAUUACAGUCCAUCCAUGCACCUGUGCUUUUGUGGAAAGUGGUUAUGUUUACUGUUUGGCUGCUGAUUGGGUUUGUGCUUCCUUUAAAUUCUACACAUUGUAAAUGUUUUCCCAUCCACUGUCUGAUUAAACUGUGUUGCUCUCAGCAAACACACAUCGGCUUAGUUUAACGGCAUUGCUAAGCCGUCGGAGAGGUGUUGGUUAUUUUCUGGGAGAAUCCGCAUCUACACUCUCAUGAGUCACAAGUCUUUACUUCAGCCUGCCACUGAAGCGUUAUGAAAUGACCUUUUUAAAUUGUUUCAUUCAUUUAAUGGAAUUGGUUCUGACGUUGUCCAGAUUGUUUUGUUUAUGAGAUAACGUUUUAAAACGACUGUAAAACUGCUAUGUGAAGAGCACCCUAAUUCUUCACUUAUGAAUGCUCAAAAUAAUGUCAAUGUUUAACCUGAAGAUUAUUAAGUAGUACGUGCCAUUGGGUCUUCGAGAUAAAAAAAACGACUCUAAAAUAGGGUAAAAAAAACAACUUUGAGAAGUCCAUUUCACAUUUGAGAAUAUUGCACGUGUUUGUUCAGGUGGCAUACUUAUUGCCUGCUAUUGACUAGCAUUUGUCUGACUGUGGCUGAAUAAAAACGAUUAA